UCGUUUAAGCUUAACAAUAAACAAAUCAGAAAACUCCUCGCACCAUUCAAAACUAAGCAACAACUAUUCAAUUUUAAAUUUUACACACAAUAUGAGAAAAUACCAAAAAUACUAGCGCCAAAAUUAUAAGAAAUUUUGCAACGCAGAAGCGCUAAAACGAUAGCCGUUUGCUUAGUUAUCUAAAUUGAAGUUAUCGCCGGCCGCCACAGCCGGUGCACAACGAGUCAACAAUAACAGCAGCUAAGUUAUCUAAAUUGGAGUUAUCGGGCGACCACCACCACCAUCGCCAACACAUUUUAACGCUCGACCAAAUUGAGUAAACAAAAAUCUGGCGCUCCGUAGAAGAAGAAAUUCAACUAUAUUCCAAGCAUGUCACAUCCAAACACAACGCGGCGCAAACAUGUGCUCAAGGAGAUGAUGGAGGACGACUACUCCCUGCCCACGGAACAGCAGCAGAUCGUGCGUGUUGUCAGCAGCCGCGGCAACAAUCUGCACGAGGUGGAAUCGGCGACAGCAGAGAAUUUUCUGGUCUCUAUGCCCAACAAAUUUCGCAAGAAUGUGUGGGUAAAGCGCGGCGAUUACAUAUUGGUCGAACCCAUCGAGGAGGGCGACAAAGUAAAGGCGGAAAUAAGCAAAAUCCUAACUCCCGAGCACAUCAAAGAAUUCACAAAAGCUGGCAUAUGGCCGGAACGCUUUGCCAAGAAGCCGACGACGCCAAGCAGCAAAGCCGAACAUUCCGGCGCUUCUGGUUCCGAUAGCGAUGAUUCGCUGCCACCCAACACAAAUCGACCCGCGAAUAUGGAUGACGACGACGAGGAGGAGGAAACGGAUACGGAGGAGAGCAGCGCCGAAGACUGAAGAAUGAAUUUGGAUUAUGCAUUUGAUUGUGCAUUACAAAAAGUUUAGCUAAUGUAUAUUUUAUAACGAAUUAUUUUCCUCUCGCAAUUGUUGUAACAACAAAUUAAAUUAUGUACGUACAUAAAAGAUAUAAAAAAGUGAGUAAGAAAACUAGUAACAAAAACUAUGUGUAUGAACGUAAAAAAAAGUAUAAAAUAAAUUAAGGAAACUAGUAAACAAAUAAAUUGGUUUACUAUACGUACGUACAUAGGCCCAAAAAAUAAUAAUAAAAAAGAAAAUAAUAUACAUAAA